AUGUACGUGCAGACUGCAGUGCUUUCCCUGGCCGCUUUGGCCACUGCAAAGCAGGUCGCCAAAGACCAGGUCAAGGCAGCAAAAUUAUAUGACUCCGGUAUUAAGCAUAUGAACAAUAUUGCUCUGAAGCACGAGUCAUGGACUAAGCAUGAGGCUGCCGGUGCGUACGAGUCUUCGCAAUACGCAAAGGUGGAAGACUUUGUCGCGUGCAGCAAUGGCACUGCUGUCACCUCCACAGAUACAUUCCGAUGCAGCAACAUCGAUCUCUACCACUUCCUGCCACACUCAGCGCUAGGAAGCAGUCUUGGAUUCGGUUCAGGCUCCUGGGGAUGGACCUCCAAGGAUGGCCGUGAGUUCGUCGCCAUCGGCCAGCAAGAUGGAACUGCCUUCGCCGAGAUCACCAAGGAGGGCAAACUCGUCUACCUCGGAAGGCUCCCACAGUACUCCGUCCCUAGCAAGUGGCGAGAGAUCCGUGGCCAGAACGACUAUGUCAUUAUCGGCUCGGAGGCUGUCAACCACGGCAUCCAGAUCUUCGACUGGAAGAAGCUUUUGGACAUCGAUCCCGCCAAACCCGUGACCUUCAGCAACCAGAAGGACCUCGCUGGCUACUACGGCAAGCUCCCGACCGGCCGCACGCACAACGUCGUGACCAACCCCGAAGGCAACUUCAUCUACUCUGUCGGCGCGCAGCCCCGCAACGACUCCUGCAAAUCCGGCAUCAUCUUCAUCGACAUCUCCGACGUCGCCAACCCGACCAGCCCGGGCUGCGCCUCCGCCGACGGCUACGUCCACGACGCCCAAUGCGUCAACUACAAGGGCCCGGACUCCCGCUUCGACGGCCGCGAAAUCUGCUACGGCUACAACGAAGACACGCUGACCAUCUACGACGUGACCGACAAGAAAGCCCCCAAAAUCCUCUCCAUCACCUCCUACGAAGGCGCCGCCUACACGCACCAAGGCUCCCUCCUCGACGUCAACAACCAACACUACCUCCUCCUCGACGACGAAUACGACGAGUACGACAAAGUCGGCCCCGGCAUCCCAGGAAACCCCAUCACCUACAUCUGGGACAUCUCGGAUCUCACGGCACCGAAGCAGACAGGGCUCUACAAGUCCGCCGCCCGCGGCAUCGACCACAACCAAUACGUCGCCAACGGCUUCGCGUACCAGUCCAACUACGGCACCGGGUUCCGCGUCCUCGACGUGCGGUCGAUCCCCGAGGACCCGACGGGUAACAGCGUGAAGGAGAUUGGGUUCUUUGAUGUUUAUCCCGAGGAUGAUAAUCAGCCCGGUGGUGGGGUUGUCGAUUUCGUGGGCACGUGGAGUAGCUAUGCGUUGUUUGAGAGUGGGUAUAUUCUUGUGAAUACGAUGGAGAGGGGCGCGUUUAUUCUGAAGCCCAAGGCCGCGUUUGAUAAGUUGUGA